GUAAAUAUUAAACAAACACGCGAAAUGGAAUCUUUCGAUUUAAAUUUAAUUCAAUUAGUGGAGAAAUGUCCUAACCUCUAUGCGAAAAGCCGUCCAGAUUAUAAAGAUAGAAACAAGGCCCAAAAUUCAUGGUCUAGCAUCGCCAAAACGUUGAACGUAGAAGUUACUGCCUGCCAAUACCGAUGGGGCCAAUUACGUGAACGUUUUGCUCGUGAGAGGCGAUCUUUGAAAGCAGGACUUCCAUCCGGCUCAGGGUCCUCGAAUUUACUAUCUCCUAGUACUCUGUACAAAAGUCUUCUAUUUCUAGAACCACAUGUACAAACUAGAAGGACACGUGGAAAUAUUAUGAAAAAAAGUGUGUCACUAUCUGAAGAAGACUCCGUCUGCUGGGAGACAGUAGAGACAGUAGAGACUAACGAUCCAGAUGUAGCUGAAUAUUUAAGAACUAUCCAAAAUAAAGAAAAUGAUAACAUAAUUGAAAUUAAAAAAGAAAUAAGUGAUUCAGAAGGCCAUUUGAUAGACUUGACGAAGCCAUUACAAAAAAAUAAUAGAAACACUGAACAUCGGAAGAAUUCAUGUCUUCAGUUUGCUACUGAUGAUGGAGGUAAAAAAGCAAAAAAAGCCAGAAAGGUUGAAAAAAAUGCGGAUGAUGCUGCUAUUUUAGCAAUUUCAGGAGCCUUGCAAAAUGUAAAAGAACUGUGUGAAUCAACGGGCAAGUGCGAUGAUGUAGCAUACAAUUUUUGUAUAAUGACGUACAGUCAGUUGAAAACAAUGUCUAAAGCAAAGCAAAAAAUUGCUCGUAGCAGGAUCAGUUCAAUUAUGUUAGAACUCGAAUCUGACUGA